AACAUGAAUUCUAAGUCAAACGUUCAAACUGACGACCAACCACUAUACCCAAGAGAGAGACAAUAACUCAAAAGCGGCGAAGGAGAGAAAGCACCGGAGCACCUCCUUUAAUCUUAUUAUUAUCAUUCAAUUCAAUUCAAUUUUUGCAUCAUUCCAAUUUGAUCUUCCCAAAAAACAAUGAAGGAGGAUUUUCCCCGCUAAUCUUUCGUUGAUCCUACAAAAUUCAAUCACGGCUCUUCUCGGAUCUUUCGCUUUUAUUCUAACAAUUGAUCAUCGCCGGAAAGUGUUGACCGUUGACAAUCCAAGUCUUCUGGUGGACGACAAGCACCGGAUCCCUUCCCCUCACGGCGGUAGGGGUGCCUCUCCUUCUGAAGGCGGUUGCCCCUCCGAUCUCCUCUUCCUCGCCGGCGGCGGUCCCCUUCUUCCUCUCUCCUAAUUUUUCUUAUUUGUAAAGCGCACAUACGGAUUUAGAUACUGGUGUAGAUUACGUAUAGCAUACGCAGAAAAUAUAUUAUUCAUCAUCCAUCCAAGAAUAAUAGGAGGGGAUGCUGACUAUUAAAAGGGUGCCGACCGUUGUUUCCAAUUACCAAGAGGAUGUUCCUGAUAGCAACAACGUAGUGGGUUGUGGCCGCAAUUGCCUUGGAAAAUGCUGCUUGCCUGUUUCCAGGCUUCCUCUUUAUGCAUUCAAGAAUGAUGACAAUGAGCCAAUUGAAAACGAUAUUGAUACCUUGCCUGGGGAGGAUUGUCAGAUAUCUUUUUUGAACGAUUUGUUGUUAGGCCUAUGGGAAGAGCGGAUGAGCCAGGGACUGUUUCGAUAUGAUGUGACAACCUGUGAGACGAAAGUCAUUCCUGGGAGAUAUGGUUUUAUUGCACAGCUGAAUGAGGGGCGCCACCUAAAGAAGCGCCCAACAGAGUUUCGCAUCGAUCAGGUUCUUCAGCCUUUUGACGAGAACAAAUUUAAUUUUACCAAAGUGGGCCAGGAGGAAGUGCUUUUCAGGCUUGAGCCAAGCACUGACUACAAGGCUCAUUACUUUUCGGGCGUGGGAGUAGAUGCUGGUAUUUCACCUAGUAUUGUUGCUAUCAAUGUGAGCCCAAUCGAGUAUGGCCAUGUGCUUUUGAUACCUCGAGUUCUUGAUUACUUACCCCAGAGAAUUGAUCGUGAUAGUUUCACGGUUGCUCUCUAUUUCGCCAGAGAACUGGCAGAUCCCUUCUUUAGGGUAGGUUAUAACAGUUUGGGCGCCUUCGCCACCAUAAACCACCUCCACUUCCAGGCAUAUUACUUGUCAGUGCCAUUUCCAGUUGAGAAAGCACCAAUGCGGAGGAUACUGAUAAGGAAGGGGCUGGGUGACACUGGAGUGGUUGUUUCCAAGUUAUUAAAUUACCCUGUACGAGGUUUUGCUUUUGAAGGUGGAAAUGGAAGUACAGUGCGUGAUUUGUCUGAGGCUGUUGUCAAUUCCUGCAUUUCCCUUCAGAAUAAGAACAUACCUUUCAACAUUCUCAUUGCUCAGUGUGGGAAGAAGAUUUUUCUGUUUCCUCAGUGUUAUGCAGAGAAGCAAGCACUUGGAGUUGUAGACCAGGAGCUCCUCGAUACUCAGGUGAACCCUGCUGUGUGGGAAAUUAGUGGACAUAUGGUGCUUAAGCGAAGAAAAGAUUACAAUGAUGCAUCAGAGGAAUAUGCGUUGAAACUUCUUUCUGAAGUUUCUUUAUCGGAGGAGAGAUUCCAAGAAGUGAAGGGUUAUAUUGCUGAAGCAGCUGAUUUGCAAGAAGCGGAGGAUAAAACCAUCAAUCCAGAGAAGGAAAUUCCAGAUUCUCCUGGUCCGCAAGUUGCGUCACAUAUGCCUCAAGAUUGUUUGGUAUUACACUGAAGAAUUUGUGGCCUGCCCGCUCUUGCAGGAUUUAAUAAAGGUUGAAGUAUCUAGUGUUUAUGUGUGUGCUACUUUUUGCAGCAUCUUGUUCGAUGCAUAUUGUUGUAGUAGUUGGAGUUGGUAAUCCCUACAUAGUGUUUUGUACAUAUGCUUUGUUUUUAAUGCCUGCGGGCUUCGGCCUUUGGCAGGAAUGUUCAAUAAAUAUUAUCGUACCUUUUUGUUGGUGAUUAACUGAUUAUAUUACCAAGUGAUCUAAUGAACGCCACCGCGCACCUGUCCCAGUUC